AUAAAGUCUACGUUUUAUCAUUUACAAUUUACAUUUAUAUAUUUAUGUAACUGAUCAAGAAUAAUCGGUAACGUCAAUGAUCUUCCAUUAUCUCCGAACCUAACUUGAUAGUCUUAUGAGAUUCUAUACAUGUAUGAGUGUUUACAAUCAAAGGAGGAUAAAACUGCCGAAUCAUUUAUUCCAGCUUAUAAUUGAUUAUUCACAUUAAUUUAAAUAUCGUCGAGACACACAGUUUUUGUGGCUACAUUGAUCAUCCGUGCAGAAAAACAUAAUCAACAUGAAUAUUUCUAAAAUUUUAAUUGCUGGAAGACAAGCGUACCUCAGGAGAUUUUAUGCUACAGGUUCAAAACUUGUUGAAACCACAAGAGACAAUGAUACAGGAAUCGACAUCAUAUCCAUGGCCAAACCACCUGUGAACAGUUUAAACAUAGAGUUUUUAAAUGCAUUGAAAACAUCUUUAUUGGAAGCUCAAAACAAUCGCUGUAAAGGCAUCAUACUGACAUCAUCCUUGCCAACUGUAUUCUCAGCAGGAUUAGACAUCACAGAAAUGUAUAAUACUGAUAAGAAGCAACUUACUAAUUUUUGGUCUACAUUGCAAGAUGCUUGGUUAACUCUUUACACUCUAAAUGUUCCAAUUGCUAGUGCUAUCAAUGGUUCUAGUCCUGCAGGAGGUUGUCUAAUGGCAAUAUCUACAGAAUACAGAGUGUUUGUCGAAGGUAAACAUACUAUAGGAUUGAAUGAAACACAAUUGGGUAUAGUUGCUCCUAAAUGGAUUAGGGAUCUCUACAUUUCAAUAUUGGGCUAUCGACAAGGCGAAUUAGCACUUUUGAAGGGCUUGUUGUUCAAACCUGAAAAAGCAUUGCAACUUCAACUUGUGGACGAGCUUGCUAAAGAUAAGGCUGAUGCGAUUGAAAAAUGUAAAAAUUACAUAUUAUCAUACGAUAGAAUUCCAGCCUUAGGAAGGGCCGCAACUAAGCUGGAAAUACGAAACUACUUAAUUCAAUGGAUGAAAGAAAAUAAGGAAGCUGAUAUUAAACAAUUCGUGGAUUUCAUAACAUUACCAAAAAUACAAGCUGGCCUUAAACUUUAUAUUGAAUAUUUGAAGCAAAAAAGUAAUUAAUAUCUUUAGAGAAAACAAUACUUUUUUAUACUUUUAUAUAUCUUGAAAUUUUGUACACACACAUAUAAAU